CUAAACCCUAGUAUGUGAUAUACCAUGUUUGGGUUCAUUUUCACUGCAACUCUUCUUCACUCUGCUCUACCCUGUUGCUUCUGCUGACUGCUGAAUUACCUUAAACCAUUGCCGAUGUGGAGGGCGAAGCCAAUCCUCCGCACGCUGCCGGCGUCAUGGCGGAGCCACCGCGUCCGCGCCAUUUGCUCCGGCAGUUCUGGAACCAAGGUUCUGGAGAAUUUCACGGAGGAAUUCGAAAUAGGCUCACGCAUCAUCACCCUCGAGAACGGCAAGAUCGCUCGCUUCGCCAACGGCGCCGUCGUGUUGUCCAUGGAAGAUACCAAGGUCCUCGCCACUGUCACCUCCGCCAAAACCGACGGCUCUCGCGAUUUCUUACCGCUCACUGUUGAUUAUCAAGAGAAGCAAUUUGCACAAGGCAUGAUUCCGUCGACGUACACGCGGAGGGAAGGUGCUCCCAAGGAACGGGAACUCUUGGUCGGAAGAAUCAUUGAUCGUCCGAUUCGCCCUUUGUUUCCUCCUGGAUUUUACCAUGAGGUUCAGGUGAUGGCGAGUGUUCUUUCCUCUGAUGGAAAACAAGACCCGGAUGUGUUGGCAGCUAAUGCCACUUCAGCUGCGCUUAUGUUAUCGGAUAUUCCUUGGGGUGGCCCCAUAGGAAUGAUUCGAAUUGGUAGGAUUUGCGGGCAGUUUGUUGUAAAUCCUACAAUGGAUGAGCUCAAAUUAAGUGAUCUCAACUUGGUGUAUGCCUGUACAAAGGACAAAACUUUGAUGAUUGAUGUACAAGCUCGUGACAUAUCUGAUAAAGAUCUUGAAGCUGGGUUAAGACUAGCUCAUCCGGAGGCAGUUAAGUAUAUUGAACCUCAAAUUAGACUUGCUGCUAAAGCGGGUAAAUCUAAGAAGGAAUACAAAUUGUCGAUGCUAUCUGAAAGUACAAUGGAAAAAGUUACUAGCAUGGCAGAAGCACCUAUCAAGGCUGUUUUUACUGAUCCUUCCUAUGGAAAGUUUGAACGUGGAGAAGCAUUAGACAAUAUUACACAAGAUGUGAAGAGAGUGCUUGAAGAAGAAGGUGAUGAAGAAAGCUUAAAUUUUUUGCCGAAGGUGGUAGAUACAGUGAGGAAGAAGGUGGUCCGUAAAAGAAUUAUUGCAGAAGGAUCCAGGGUUGACGGAAGACAGCUAGAUGAAGUAAGGCCUUUGUAUUGUGAAGCUGGAUAUAUAUCCAAUUUGCAUGGAUCUGCAGUUUUUUCCCGAGGCGAAACACAGGUCCUAUGUACUGUAACACUUGGAGCACCUACAGAUGCUCAACGCUUAGACUCAUUAGUGGGUCCUCCGACAAAGCGAUUUAUGCUUCACUAUAGUUUUCCUCCCUUCUGCAUUAAUGAAGUUGGCAAACGUGGUGGUCUGAAUAGGCGUGAAGUUGGUCAUGGAACACUUGCUGAGAAAGCACUUCUUGCUGUUCUGCCUCCUGAAGAUGACUUUCCGUAUACAUUUCGUGUCAACUCAGAAGUCAUGGCAUCAGAUGGUUCAACAUCAAUGGCAACCGUAUGUGGAGGUAGCAUAGCUUUGAUGGAUGCUGGCAUCCCAAUACGUGAGCAUGUUGCUGGUGUUUCUGUGGGUCUUGUUACUGAACUUGAUCCAUGCACUGGUGAAAUAACGGAUUAUCGUAUACUGACUGAUAUUUUGGGUUUGGAAGACCAUUUGGGUGACAUAGACUUCAAGAUUGCUGGAACUCGAAAAGGAGUUACUGCUAUUCAGUUGGAUAUGAAACCAGCUGGAAUUCCUCUAGAUAUCAUUUGUGAAUGUUUAGAACCUGCGCACAAAGCCCGUCUUCAAAUUCUUGAUCUUAUGGAGCAGGCGAUUAAUGCGCCUCGUAAUAAGGAUAACAGUCUACGACUAGUCACCUUAAAGUACCCCAACGACUCUAUUCGUCGCCUGAUUGGGCCCAUGGGUGCUCUGAAGAAAAAAAUGGAAGAUGAAACAGGUGCACGGAUAUCUGUAGGUGAUGGAACACUGACAAUAGUUGCUAAGAAUCAAUCUGUAAUGGACAAAAUAUUAGAAAAGAUUGAUUUUAUUGUUGGCCGUCAAAUUGAAGUUGGGGGUAUCUACAAAGGUAAUGUCACCUCUAUAAAAGAAUAUGGAGCUUUUAUUGAGUUUAAUGGCGGCCAGCAGGGCCUUCUCCACAUUUCUGAAUUGUCACAUGAACCGGUUUCCCGAGUUUCAGAUGUGGUUUCAAUUGGCCAACAGCUUUCUUUGAUGUGCAUUGGCCAAGAUGUUCAUGGUAACAUUAAAUUAUCUCUUAAAGCAUCUUUGCCUCGUCCUGGAGGGUUGCAGACUAAUGAUGUAGUUGAAGGAUCUGCUACAUCUGCAAAAGAAACAGCCAACAUUUGGGCACCAGUUUGGGAUGCAUCUAGUACUCAAGAACAACAAAAUUCUGCUUCUCAGUUUCCUAUAGGCAUAAAUGAGGAGGUGGAGGAAGCAAAACCCCCAACCUCCCAAACACCAGUAAUUUUAAUACGUAGUGCUGAAGAAUGUGAUGAGGAGGAAAAAUCUACCAAUUUGAACCUGUCUUCAAAGGGUCCUCCUAUAGAGAAUGGGGUGCAAUUGGGUCGCAAGUCAAAAUCUCCACAGAAAAAAAAAUCUCGUCGAUCUCAUACAAAUGAUUCUCCAUCUCAUUCAGGUCCCUUGCCAUAUACAAAUGCUAAGAAGCCAGAAUUUGCAACUAAAAAAGAAUCAAAAUCUGAUAUUCAAAGGCCAGAGAGGGAGGAGAGCGGAGCUGAAAAAGAUCUGAAAGUUGGAACAGAAGUUACUGCCAAAGUCCAUCAAAUCCGUGCGCAUGGGUUAGUAUUGGAUUUGGGUGGAGGACUACGAGGAAUGUACCGGUUUGAGGAAGAUGCUAAAAAGGACUUCAAGAUAGGUGAAGAGAUGCAAGUUGUGUGCUCAAGCUUUUCCAGCAAGGGAAUUCCUGUAUUGUCUGCUUUGGAUAAUAAUAAACAAACUUCCUAGUGGUCAUUCCUUUCAUGAGAGAGCCCAUCGAUGUAUAAUACCAAGUUGAUGGCUCGCUCGGAAGAAAUUCUUCCAGUGUAAGUAAGCUAGAUCGAUUAUUUUAUUGAAAAUCUGGUAAGCCUCAUAAUAAGAUCAGAUCAAUCUCUGCGAUGCGUAUAACUGACCUCAGUUGGAUAAUGCUUAAUUAUUGUUGCCACUGGGAAUCCUUAAUGUACAUUUGGGAACCUUUACACUGCUGAACAGUAUGGAGUUUGAGAAAGCUGUUUCAAAAUGGGGAUUAGAGACGGUCGAUGCAAGUUUUGCCAAUUUUGACUGAAGAUUUUUUAUUAGAGAUUGAAUGGUAAACAACUUUGUAUACUUGGUCGUUAAUUAUCCUUGGUAUCUGAUUAAUGUAUAAGGAUUAUGCUUUAAUUGAUUCAUGUUGGGUUUUCAGUUUUCACACCCAAAUUGAUUGUAUGUAGUUCAAGCAUUAUCCAAAUUGCUAGCUUAUUGCUUCCUUCCUGGCUUUUGUUAAAAUGGUGUUGUGACUUUCUUAGCAGUGCUUGAAUCUGAAGGAUGCAGAACAACCACCAGCAUGUUGAAAUCUCCAUUUAUAAAUGAUUUAUUUGACU